GCUUGAUCUGCUCUCUGAUAAGUGGCAGAGACAACUCAGUAGAAGGAGGGAAUUCGGAAUUCACAAUAAUAAUAUUAAUUAUUAUAAUUAAUUUUAAUAUGGAUAUAGAUUCCAGCCUUAUCUCAUUCUAGAGCAAGAACGGCGAUUGGUAUGAAGGCUUUUUGCCAACCAAGAACUAGCCGUGUCACCCCAUUUCAACGACUUUGAAAAAUAUCCAUAAUUCCCUGAAUAAGACACCAUUUUCGGUUCUAUUUAAACAAUUUCGCUACUUAAUUUUCACGGCAAUAUUGUUUUACUCGUUUAUAGCAUGUACUCCUAAUUAUUUAACUCUCUUCAAUUCCUAUCCAACGAUUGUCCAAGCAAAACCUUUGAUAUCAAAUCAACAGACAGGAUGGAGCCUGAAUUCCCAUUAUCAUACAAGGUUGCUCGGUUCGAAGCGAAGGGCGAAGAAUUGUCCAUCAGAACCAUUCCACUCGAGUAUCCAAAACACAGAGAAAUUCUGGUGAAAGUGCUUGCCUGUGGAGUGUGCCACUCUGACGUACUGGUGAGGGACGGGGAAGCUGGAAACUCAUUUCCUAUAAUACCCGGUCACGAAAUAGUUGGCAGUGUGCAAGCUCUUGGACCCGGGGUGAAGAAUUUCAAAAUCGGAGAGCGGGUUGGAGGGCCAUGGCAUGGUGGUCAUGACGGCGUUUGCAAGGAAUGUAAUCGAGGCUAUUUCCAGCUAUGCGACAAUGAAAAGAUCAAUGGCGUGACACGACCUGGAGGAUUUGCCGAAUACUGUAUACUUCGAGUGGAGGCAGUGGCUCGAUUACCACAGGACAUGGAUCCAGCAGAGAUAGCCCCUCUCCUCUGCGCAGGCAUGACAACCUUCAACGGGAUCCGGAAAAUGGAAGUCGCCGCGGGCGAUCUCAUCGCAAUACAUGGUCUUGGUGGCCUAGGACAUCUUGCGGUGCAGUUCGCAAAUAAACUAGGAUAUAAAGUAGCAGUCAUAUCCAGCAAACACGAAAAAGAAAACUUCGCCCGGGAACUUGGUGCGCAUCAUUUCAUCAACAGCAGCAAGUGUGAUAUCCCGACGACCCUGCAGGAGAUAGGCGGUGCGGCUAUGGCGAUACUGAGCGCCCCAAUUCCAAAAUACGUUCAGCCGUUGAUGCAAGGGUUAGCUCCGCGUGGGAGGUUGCUUGUUUUAUCGCCGAUUGGAGAGUUCACAGUGGACUCGGCCUUAAUGAUCCGUCGAGCGCUGUCAGUAUCGGGCUGGUUAACAGGGCAUGCUCUUGAUGCGGAGGAGGUCAUCGAUUUUGCAAGGACCCAUGACGUCAAGUGCAUGAUUCAGAAAUACAAACUGGAUGACGUGAAUAAGGCAAUGGAUGAUUUGGUACAUGCCAGAGUGCGGUUUAGACCGAUAUUGGUGAUGGACUGAAAUAUCCAAAUAUGCUAGGAGAUGCAUAUCAGUUAUAUUCCCAUUAAGAAAUGUAAUGAUUGUAUGACCUGCUGCGUAGAUCCAUAACUCAUUAUUUGAUGCCCAACAUGUCUAUGUCGUCUUCAUACAAAGGCUAUUCCCCCGAUUCCUAAGAGGAGAGAGUGGAAGGGUUUUUUGUGUAGCGUUUGAAAAGCGUUUGGACUCAAGGGAUUCGCCCAGGAGACAGCGUGCUUUCAUCAAUCAUCAAUGCCAUCUGAAUUGGCAUAUCCUAAAUGAUCCCCAUGUGAAAACCCUCCGCCAGAUCGUUCAAGCUCUGGUCCAUAGCGAAGUCAAGAUGUCUGAAUAUAGAGUAGAGAACGUGGCUACUAUAAGUCAUUGCAGAAACAGAGCGGAGUAAAGGGGAAAGUUAACACAGCUAUUUUCAUUUUCUG